AUGGCUGGUAUGCACUUUCUCGUUGGAAUUGCAACCGAAAACUAUGUCAUCCUGGCUGCCGACAAGGCUACUUUCGCCUAUGGAGCGAUCCUCGCUGAUAGCGGUUCGUUUGUGGUUAUUUUUGCGUUUUAUCAAAAUAAAAAUAUUUAAGAAAAUGACAAGGAGUACAGACUCGGCAAAAAGCUGACAAUGAUGUGCAUCGGAGAAGAGGGAGAUGUCGCUCAGUUCGGAGACUGGACCAAGAGAAAUCUCCAGCUCUACUCGGUCAGAAACGGUUAGUUUCGAAAACUUCGUCUUGUGAAAACAUUGUUUUUAAAUUUCAGGCUAUGAGGUGUCACCGGCAUGUGCCCAUCACUUUGUGCGCCGCAGUAUCGCCGAAGGACUCCGCUCGCAGGACCACUACACCGUCGACGUGCUCAUCGGAGGGUACGACGACAAGGAAGAGAAAGCGUUCCUCGGCUCCGUGGAUUAUCUUGCCAACGGACUCGCUAAGCAGCCGUAUUUGUUCCGUGGAUUCUGUGGGCGCUUCUGCUACGCCGUCAUGGAUCGCGAGUACAAGAAAGGUAAUUCAGCGCAAUGUUCUACUUACAAAAACUGCUUUCCUCUUCAGACAUGUCUGAGGCUGAGGGUCUCACUCUCAUGAAUAAGUGCAUCGGAGAGGCUAAGAGACGUUUCGUGGCCAAUAUUCCGGGAUACAAAGUGGUCAUCAUCGACAAGAAUGGCUACCGCAAGCUCGACGACGUUCUGUUCUAA